GUAUAAAUUUACGCAAACCACAUGCCAAAGAGAUGAAGAAGCUAUUCCCUUGCAUGCUCAACUUCUUAAAAAAUAACAACUAACACAAAAUGAUGAAGUUUUCAAGUACUAGUUCAUCAACUAGCCUAAUGUUAUGUUUCAUGUUCUUGUUAAUUUUAUCGUAUAGAACCGAUGCAUUGCUGAAACUACCACCAAAUGUUACAAUUCCAGCACUCAUAGCUUUUGGAGAUUCAAUCAUGGAUACAGGAAAUAACAACAACAUCAAAACAAUUGUCAAGUGUAACUUCCCUCCUUAUGGUCAAGAUUUUGAGGGAGGGAUUCCAACCGGUCGAUUUUGCAACGGAAAAAAUCCAUCAGACUUGAUAGUUGAAGAGCUUGGUCUCAAGGAACUUUUACCAGCUUAUUUAGAUCCAAAUCUCAAACCAAGUGACCUUCCUACUGGAGUAUGCUUUGCUUCCGGUGCUUCCGGAUAUGAUCCUUUAACACCUAAAGUAGUGUCGGUGAUUUCAAUGUCAGCUCAACUAGAGAUGUUCAAAGAAUACUUAGGGAGGCUUAAAGCUGUGGUUGGAGAGAAGAAGAAAAACUACAUCAUAGCCAACACACUCUUCAUUGUGGUAGCUGGAAGUGAUGACCUUGCCAACACAUAUUUUACUAUUCGCACCCCACAACUACACUAUGAUGUACCUGCUUAUACUGACCUUAUGGUCAGCAAAGCCUCUGAAUUCGUUAAGGAAAUAUAUAAUCUAGGAGCACGAAGAAUUGGAAUAUUCAGUGCAGCACCAAUUGGGUACUUACCAUCACAAAGGACUCUAAGUGGAGGUCUAUUUAGAAAGAUCAAUGAUGAAUAUAAUGAAGCAGCUAAGUUAUUCAACUCCAAACUCUCAAAUCAAAUGGACUAUCUUUACUCUACCUUGCCCAAUAGUAGGGUUAUUUAUAUUGAUAUUUACAGUCCCCUACUUGAUAUCAUUCUAAAGCCCCAAAAAUACGGAUAUAAAGUUGCGGAUAAAGGUUGUUGUGGCACAGGAAAAUUAGAGGUUUCAAUAUUAUGCAACCCUUUGACUCCACCUUGUGAAGAUAAUACAAAAUACAUUUUUUGGGAUAGUUAUCAUCCUACUGAAAGUGUAUACAGAGUUCUUGUGGCUGAAGUUCUUCCAAAAUAUAUUGGUCGCUUGACAUAAUAUCUCAAUUUUAAUUUGCCAUGGCACUUUUUUUUUUGCUAAUAAAAAUAUGUUUUAUUAAGUUCAUCCAUUUGUAAUUGUAAUUGUCUAUUUAUUUCACAGCUGUGGCUUUGAGCAUGUUUGAAAUGUGAAACUGUACAUGGCCCUAUUUGUAGAGGACAUCAAAAUAAAUAUAUAUGUUGAAAUUUGAGGGUUGAA